GCGCGCGCGGAGGCAGUACGAGACACGCUUGCACGUGGCGCAGGCGCAGUUUUCGCAUAACUUUCCGCGAUUUACGCGCCAUUUGCGCUCGUUUGCACCCUAACGUCACUUUCAUAUGUUACGUGGAGGGCGCUUGUUCACUUUCGGGUAGUGUGUGUGCUCUAACUUCUGGAAAGGAAUCGGGCUCUGCUCCUGAGGACCCUAGAUAAAUAGGGCAGGCUGGAAAAGUCAACAUAGUAAAAUACAUAUUAAGAAGAUACUGUCACAAUGGCUUUAGUACUACAAUACAUCAGUGAUAUGAAUAGUUAUAUGGAUAAGUAUGGAGAUCCUCGGACAAAUCCAUGGUUCCUGAUGAGUUCACCACUUCCUACGUUAAUGAUAUGCCUAAGUUAUGUUUAUCUAGUCAAGGUUUUAGGGCCGAGGUAUAUGGAAAACAGAAAGCCUUUUGAAUUAACAAAUGUGUUAAUAGUAUACAAUUUUUUACAAGUAUUGUUCAGCUCAUGGCUGUUCUAUGAGAUCGGUGGCGCUGGGUGGUUCACAGGCAGGUAUAACUUUCAAUGUCAGCCGGUCGACCACUCGAAACAUCCACAAACGAUGAGGAUGGUUCAUGCAUGUUGGUGGUAUUACUUUUCAAAGUUUACAGAGUUCUUUGAUACGAUCUUCUUUGUGCUAAGAAAGAAAUUCGAUCACGUAUCAACUCUGCACGUGAUCCACCACGGUGUGAUGCCCAUGUCCGUCUGGUUCGGAGUCAAAUUCACCCCUGGAGGCCAUUCAACAUUCUUCGGACUUUUGAACACGUUCGUGCACAUCAUCAUGUACACUUACUACAUGGUAUCGGCCAUGGGACCUCGGUGGAAGCGGUUCUUGUGGUGGAAGAAAUACUUAACGACGCUACAAAUGGCUCAAUUCAUCGGCAUCAUGCUGCACGCGUUCCAGUUGCUCUUCAUCGAAUGCGACUACCCUCGUGCCUUCGUCUGGUGGAUCGGGAUGCACGCUGUCAUGUUCUUCUUCCUCUUCAAAGACUUCUACAACCAGUCUUACAGCAAAUCAAAGGUCCGCGCCAGUUCUCCGGCGCCGGUGACGACGACCAUAAGCGAGGACGUGACGUACAAAAACGGCUCCGUGAAGAACGGCUUCAGCAACGGCCACACCAACGGCCUGGUGCGCGCCCGCACCGUCCUCCCCGCGGGCAACUGACCCGCGAGAACGUUCUAGCAUUCCCUCGUCUGUGAUUUGUCCGAAGACGUUCGGCGACCAUUCGUAACCUAUCCUGCGACUCGCCGAUCGACGACGGACGCACCUCGUUCCACCCGACCGCUCUCGUUAUUUCGAAGGCCCGGUCCGUCCGUCGUCGAUCGUCGGGACUCGUAAAUGUGAUUAUCUAGUGUGAAAGGGCGGUAUCGACGGUGUACAUUUUAUUUUUACGAUACAAACGAUAGCUAGACAUGUGAUCGCGUAGCGUUUUCUACUUUUACAAUCGUCGCUUUUAGUUUAGUUACCUCUGAUAUUGUAACACUCGACCGAGAGACACGUCCGAGUUCAUAUUUCGCAAAAAGCUAUAACCGAUUAACCUAUGAAAUAUAAUUAUUUUUAUAGAGAAAGAUUUGUUUGCCGAUGGCCAUGUUUCUCCUUGACCGAGUUGGGUCCCUCUACGUUUAAGCGAGUGAUGAAAUCGUGCCCCGAGUAAAAUGUUGCCAACUUUAAAUAACGCGCAAUUAAAAACGCCAAUAAUUUUAUAGAACGAUUAUUUUUAUAUAUUUUAUUUUACCUUUGAUAACUCUUUAUAAUAUCUACGAUGAAAUUAGAAUAAUUAUACUUAAAAUAUGAUCACACGUACUUUGGCGCAUAAUCUUCGCAUUCGAUCACAUUCUCGCGUUUCACAACUGUAAUUUCAAUUUCAGAGGUAAAUUUGUUUUUAUAAAGAUUUUUAUAGAUAGUUGUUAUUGUAAAGUCUGAACAUUUGAUAAUUUGAUCAAGAGUGAACAAAUUAUUUACUGUUUAUAAUUUUUAUAUGAAAUUGCGAUAAUGCAAUGUCUCGUAUCCGUAAAUAAUGUUAAAAUGCAAUGUUGUUAUGAAUUUAUAUAAUUUUUGUAAUCUACUAGUAAAAUUUUAUGAAUUUGAGUAUACGAAACGUUCGGUUGCAGAUUUACUAUUACUAAAUUAGUUUAAUCCUUACACCUACGCCGUAGACAAUUACUAACGUGAGCUUAGUUUUGCAUCCUCAAAUUCAUCGAACACGGUAAAAUGCAUAGCUAGAAAAUAUUCAAAACUGGACAUGUACAACGAAAGUGACUGCCGCUGAGCACAUACAGACAGACAGACAGACUUAAUAAACGCACAUUCUUAAAUCCAGUCAUUUCUGACGCGGGAGAUCAUUUUCAGUUUUUCCAUAGUUGUGUUAUUAGUUGGGCUAUUUAUUUUGUUUUAUUUAUUGACCAACUCCAAAAAUCCCGGUUUACGGUGAUCGUUUGUGCCUGCAAACUUAGGUUACCAAAUGGUACAAAAUUAUUUAGUCAAAUUAGUUAACUCUAUAGUGAGAACGUACGUUUGCGGGCGACUCGAGGCAUUUCGAUUGGACGGGUUGACUUCGGUUAACUCAUUUCGCUUUAGAACCGGUAAAUCAAUAUUGUAUAAUGUUUGUCUUCCGUUUUGUUUUGUACUUACCAGAUGUGAGGUGCUCGAAACAGCAUUGCUUCAUAGUUAUGCUCUUUUGUAAAUAUAUUGUUUCAUUAGUUAUAAUAAAAAUAUUGGUUUAUGUAAUACUGCAAUUUUUUACAAAAAUGCAAAUAAACUAUAAGGGAAA